AAACCACCAAAGGGAGGGAGGGACCGACUCGGUUCCCCUUCCGUUCCGGUUCCGCGGGGCUCCCGCCGGCGGUCCAUAUAACAGCAGAAGGUUUAAAAGGCGUCUCUUCUUUCUUCCCCUUCGACGCAAACUCGCCCUGCCGUCCUCUGCUCUGCGGCUGUGCCUGUGAGUGUGAGCAGGAAGAAGAAGAGAACAAUGGCGGUGGAGAGAGACAGAGACAGCAAACUUCAAGAGCAGUCCGCUUCUCUCUCUCGCUUCUACAGGAUCAUCCUGGGCUGGGACUACUUCCGCCUCCUCAAAGAAUCCAACCAGCGGGACACCAAGAAGAACGGCAAGGACGGAGCUCCCCCGGGCAUCAAGCAGGUCAAGUACACCUACAGCAGCGUCGAGGACUAUAUCUCCACUUUCGAGCCUCUCCUGUUCGAGGAGGUCAAGGCCCAGAUUGUCCAGAGGAGCGACGACGACGACGAAAAUUCUGUGAUCGAGUGGAAGCAUGGAGUGGUGGUGAAAUGCACCGAGUCCGACGGGUUCCAUUUGCCUGAGAUCACUUACGGUUCCCCUCACAAGGAUACUUCCAUAGCUCAGAAUGAUCUCCUCUUGCUCACCAGAGAGAAGUUUCAGGAAGGCAAUAAGCUGCCGACAACAUUUGCUUUUGCUCUAGUGGAGCAUCGGCAGGUACGGGACAUGGGAGGCUCCGACAUGUCAAACGAUGACCGCUGCCUUAUUGUUCUUAGACUUAGGAUGUACUUAGCUGGAGAAGUGAUGCACUUGGAUGGUGAUAAACUUAAAUCUAGUCCGAGACUGUUGAGAAUGCGAUCUCUUAUUAGUGAAGUUGAGAAGUCGGUGUACAUUCUCAAGCUCUGCAGCUUAUCGACCAUUUCUCGUGAAUAUCUAGCUGUAAGGUCAGUUAGUUCUCUCCCUUUCAAGGAAUUGAUAUUAGCAGCUUCUGAGAAGAAUCAGAGUUCUCAAAACCAGGCUUGGAAAAUUUCAAAGCCUCUGAUGGAGUAUAUUAAGAGUAAUCUGAACGAAUCACAACAACAAGCUAUACAUGUUGGUCUGUCAAGGAAAUCCUUUGUCCUGAUACAGGGUCCUCCAGGAACUGGGAAGACACAGACCAUCCUCGGGAUACUGAGUGCUAUUUUGCAUGCUAUACCGACUAGAAUUGAUUCAAAGGGUAAAUCACACGGGACAAAGCGCGGGCUGGAGUUGCCCAUUGAAGAAAAAUACAUUCAGUGGGGACAAGCAUCUCCAUGGCUUAGUGGUGUCAAUCCAAGAGAUGAGAUAAUGCCAAUUGAUGGUGAUGAUGGUUUUUUUCCGACCACUGGAAAUGAGUUGAGACCAGAGGUUGUUAAUUCCACUCGUAAAUACCGAGUACGGGUUCUGGUCUGUGCCCCAUCAAACUCAGCUCUUGAUGAGAUCGUGUUGCGUGUUUUGAAUGCUGGAAUACGUGAUGAAGAUGAUCGUGCUUAUAAUCCCAAAAUAGUGAGGAUAGGUCUGAAAGCUCAUCACUCAAUUCAAGCAGUCUCAAUGGAUCACCUUGUGGAACAGAAACUGAAUCAAGUAGCUGCUGGAACAGAUUCAGAUAGCAUUCGUGCAGCAAUUUUGGAUGAGGCUGUGAUUGUAUUUUCCACUCUCAGCUUUAGUGGUUCAACAAUUUUCAGCAAACUCAAUCAUGGUUUCGAUGUUGUUAUCAUUGACGAAGCUGCCCAAGCAGUUGAGCCAGCAACUCUUGUUCCCCUGUCUAGUGGUUGCAAACAAGCAUUUCUGGUUGGUGAUCCGGUGCAACUCCCAGCUACUGUGAUUUCUACAGUUGCCAACAAAUUUGGAUAUGGCAUGAGUCUGUUUCAGAGAUUUCAGAAAGCUGGUUAUCCUGUUUUGAUGCUUAGGGAGCAAUACCGAAUGCAUCCACAGAUAAGAAGUUUUCCCUCAAGGGAGUUCUACAACAACGAACUAGAGGAUGGGCCUGAUAUAUCAACCCAGACAGAACGUGCCUGGCAUGUUUGCCAAUGCUUUGGGCCUUUCUGCUUCUUCGAUAUACACGAAGGCAAAGAAUCUCAGCCAUCUGGGAGCGGGUCCCGGGUGAACAUCGACGAAGUUGACUUUGUUAUGCACAUGUAUCUCAAAUUGGUGGCAAGAUACCCAGUCCUUAAAUCGAGUUCCCGUCUUGCAAUUGUGUCCCCGUACAAUUAUCAAGUCAAGCUCUUCAAAGAACGGUUCAAAGAGAUAUUUAAACAGGAGUCAAAUAAAAUAGUAGAUAUCAUCACUGUUGAUGGUUGCCAGGGUCGGGAGAAAGAUGUAGUAAUCUUUUCAUGUGUUAGAGCCAGUAAGGGUAAAAGCAUUGGGUUUGUUGCUGACUACAGACGAAUGAAUGUCGCAAUUACGAGGGCCAGAUCCUCUGUCCUGGUUGUGGGGUCUGCAUCAACGCUGAAGAAUGAUGAGCACUGGAGCAACCUGGUUGUAGCUGCAGAAAAGGGAGGUUCACUGUUUAAGGUCUCAAAGCCGUAUGCCUCAUUCUUCUCGGACGAGAACUUGGAGACAAUGAGGAUAAAGAAGGAAAGGAAGGGAGCCGAGAGGGGCCCACGUGAAGACGAUAAUGUCGAAUUAGCAGCAUAUGGAGGCAAUGUUGCUGCUGAAGAUGCUGAGCCUGUACCAGCAGAUGACCACGACGAUGGUUAUGCUUACGGGGACAUGGACGAAGCUGAUGGUGGUGACGAUUAGAACUAACCCUAUGAGUUCUUCGAUUUCUAGUCAUCAUCAUAUACUACAUUCAUCAUCAUCAGCAGCAGCAGCAGCAGCUAUACAGUUGUACCCCCUUCUUGAUCAGCUCCAUAAUGUGAUACAAAAGAGGGGAGCCGUCCAUUGUGUGUGUUCUCCGGUGCAAGUAUUCUUGAGACGCUGCAACUCCAUUUCGGUUCCCGGAAUUAUUCCGUCCAUUAUAUACAUGAGAUAAGAAGACCUCUUGGGUCGAGGGGUUUCUAACUUUAGCAUAUUUAAAGGAGGUGAUGCCGGUUUUGAUACGAAAAAAAUGUACACAGUUUAUCGCCUUGCAUUCAUUUGUUAUGUUGUGGUGCCCUUUCUCAUUUCAGGUAGGCAUUUUUGUGAUAAAGGUUCUUAACCUGGGCCUCGUUUGCGGGCUCAAAAAUUUAAUCGUUAACCCAAUAGCAAUUUCUUCUGCUGA